AUGCCCCAACAACGAUUCUUCCAACAUAGCAUCGAGCCUCGCCCCAUAAGCGAACUCGGCUGGAUCAGAGGCUCCUACAAAACCCAUCUCAGCAAAUGGCUUCGAUCCCAAGCCCUCUGCUGGGAUCCCUCCAUGCUAGCCACCAAACUGGGCCGCGACAUCGAGAUCCAAAUCACCCGCGACAAACGCACCUUUGACGUGGCCAACCUGAUGCGGGCCGUCACGUAUCUGCAUGCAGAGCUAGUCUACUACGGCGUCUCAACACAUGAGGACCCUCAUCAGGUGUGGAGAGAUGUGCUGCAGUAUGCGAAUCCGCGGUUUGUCGUCAUGUGGCCGAAGCUGAAGGAAAUGGCGGAGGAAGAUGAGUUUGUGAUUACAAAGGAUGAAUUUCUCGCGGAGUUUGAUGCGUUUGUUAAGGAGAAUAGAUUGAACGGCAAGGUUGUGGUUUUGAUGAAUUGCCCGGAUUGUGAAAGAUGGGAUGAGCAAAACUUUCAUCAGAACUCCUUGAUGGAUUAG